CGAGUGUAUAAAUCCCAGGUGCGUCGCUCCAUCGUCGCCAUUCUCUCCCUCGUCUUCCUUCCCCCCCUCCAACACUUCCACGAUGCGUCCGAUUGGAUCGACGAUCACGGGCGGAUUGCAAGACCCCGUCCAGUUGAGGGAUUUUCUGGCAACAUCAUCCGGGCUGUACUCGCACCAUCUGAUGGAACCCCUCCAUGACGCCGUCCGCCCCCUUCUCCUCGUCAGACCUGCUGAUUUUGAUGGUUUCCCGGUCGAGCGCUUUUGCCAAACGUAGUACCCAUAUUCUACGCGUCCUGUUUCUAUUGAAUUCGCUGGAGUGAAGCUUUGCCCAUCCAACGCCUCUCCAAUGCCCUCUGUCACUGAACGGUCCUAUGUUUAGCCUGUCCCUGUACCCGGUUACGCAGCGAUCGUCGAGAGCAGACGAUUUCUGGGGUUGAUGCGCACCUCCGAGUUUGGAACAGUGAUUCAGAUGACGUGUCACACCACUGACGCUCCCCUGAACACGAACGACCAUCACUCCUUGGCCUGUUAUCUAUGGCCCCGCACGGUUUUCGGAAACCUCAAGCCACCUCGUCUUCCCAGCUCGCCUCGAGUGAUGCGCUUUUUUUCCUAUUGGCCCAGGGUACGACUCCUGUAUGUUCCGCAGCGAAGGGACCAGGGCGCGUACCUGGGAUUGAAACACGAGCUAACUGGCCGUGCGCGUCAGCUGAGGUAUGGUCGGCGGUCGAUGGGGUGAUUGGUCAAGCCAUGCAGUGGCGCCUCCAAGCGGCCGGUUUCUGCGCAUCUAGUUCCUCGUCUGGUCACCCUGGCGUGAUUCCUACAUCCAGGUGGGCCUGGUGUGGGCAGUGUCCUCGACGAUGAGAGCUUCUUCGCCGAUUUUGAGUUUGUGAUAUGGCCGCAGGUAAUUCUGUGUCUUCCUCGACCUUGGAGCACAGCCCUCCGAUGUUACACUUGGGUUGGAGCUGAACAAGGAAGCCCCGUCUGCCUUGGCAACCUGACCGCGGGAGGGCAAUCCAGGCAUUAGGCUGACGAAAUAGCAUCUGUACACCCUAGUCAGGCAAGCGGACGGCCCCCCUCAUUGCACGUUGUGUAUGCAAGAGACACGAUUCCCAGACACGAUUGGAAGCCAGCCCCGGGAGUCCCACACAGGAGGAGAAGGAACGAGUAAGAUGUACCAAAGCGGUUCAGGGCCGGCCGAUUGUGUCCAAUGGCCUGAAUUCCUGUUCGGGGCAGGGUCGUUAUCAGAAUAGCGCCGCCAGAUGUCGUUUUCCGGGGGAUGCUUGGAUCUGCUAUAAAAGGAUCAUUUAGACCGUCUGCCCAGGUCGGUUUGGUAGUCCAUUUGCCUCGUUUCGCUUUGUUUAUGUCCACCUCUUUUCUCUCUGGAUCUGAGACCAUGCCGGUGCUCCUUGAUAAUAUACAAUUCUACCACGGCCCUUCGAAGCCUGCAAAACCGCCAUAUUUUGCCUUGAACAGCAGCCAGAAAGGCUCCAAAGGUUCUAAUGCCUUGCUACCAGACGAGCAACCCGCAUUCUCUAUUGGAUGUGUCUCUUCGGCAACCGACGACCUGGCAGUGGUCCCGAUGGGGUUCGACCAUCCGGCCACUAGUACGGAGGAUAUAACGGAUCAGCAUGAGAUUGGCUCCUCUAACAUCUUUGACCUCGAACUGGCGAGGUCCUGUGGGGCGGCAAUGCCAUUGCUAUGUACACUUGACGCUAGCGACGGAGAUGCCUGUCCCUCGCUACGGGGGCUAGACUGUCACGGCCUAUAUAACUCAGCCGAAAACUCGCCUAGCGACUCUCGGUCAUUGUUUAGUGCAAACUCAAGCAGAAGCUUAGACUCGGACUGUUCAGACAUCUUCCCGAGAUCCCAACCAAGGUGCACGAGCCCUCUACGGCCUCCUCAGUCCCCUGCGAUCGCCGUUCCUCUACCAGAUUCGGCAAUCUCGCACCCUGAGAUUACGCAGUCGCAUGUAGUAGAAAAUGUUCCGUGGAGACGGAAUCAACCUUCUCCUACUCCCGCUGACGCUUGGGAUAUGCCCGAUGUGUCUACUGCAUGUAGCGAACAUUGUCCCAACACCGCGCUCUCUUCCGUCUCAUCCUGCUCAGAUGUUGCUUCUAAGAGGCGGAACGAUAUGGACCGCUACGUUCCUUCCCCAGAGGAUUAUCUAGGCAACUGUUCGCAUGAUUAUGAAGAAGCAAGGCAAACCAGAUUGAUUUCAGACUGCUCCCCCAGAACUGUGGCUGACUCAGGGCCUUCUGGACCAGUCGAUCCGCUCCUUGUUGACAUGCCCGAUUCGAUGGAGCUCGAACAAGCCAACGGGCACGAGUCCGUUAUUUCUCAUUCGAGAACGCCUAGCGUUCAAGCCUUUUUUCCCGAUCCGAGAAGAUGCAAAGGAAAGGAACAGCGAAUGCUCCGGGCAGGAAAACGAGACAGUACUCGCAACAAGUACCACACGGCUAUCGCUGUAGUUAUUCCUCCGCCACGACCUAGGCCUGUACGGAGUGUACGCCUAAAGACAAAACUUAUUCCAUCAGAUGUUAAUCGGAGCGAAGGCAGUGAAGGCCUUGGUGAUUUCUCGGACGAAGAUUUGACGAGCGAUAUAAUCCAAUCGGAACUCUCUGACGUUGAGGACUCCUUAAAGGAGAAACACGGCCUCCCAAGCACGGCCGCUCCGUGCCAUGGCCACGACACUUCUAUGGGCUCAUCGACCGGGCAUUUCGAGCAUCGAGAUAUUGUUGGGCGGGCAAUUCUUACCAUCGAGACGCAGGGAUCAGAGACCACUUUCUUCUUCACACUCAUGCCCGACAACGUCCGCUCGAGAACAUGCGUACCCGCGCAGAGAAUUCCCAACUCCUUCGAGAAGCCAGGUAGAAUUUCCAAGCGGUCUAUAAGCACAGCCCGUCCAACUCGCGGGAAGGGCAAAAGUCAGACCUAUUCAACCCACGAGAAGCACUUGCUGGUGGAACUGAAAGAGCAACGGAAGUUGACAUGGAAGGAAAUUGCGGAUCAUUUUCCUGGCCGAACUUCAUCUGCGCUGCAGGUGUAUUACUGUACCAAACUAAAUCAGCAAAGAGCUAAAAGAAGCGGUCCACGUAGUCGUAGGGGCAAAAAGAAAUGAUGAAAAUACAAAUUUCGAUGGAAACCGUCACCAUCGAAAGCAUCCGCUGCCUCCGUAUCCCCCGCCGCUCCAACUAAGCUUAAUAGUUA